AUGCCUAUAAGACGAAGCGAGUCAAAAGAAGAACGUUUAGAAAGGAAGUUGAACAAAUAUAAGAAAAAAUAUGAACGUUGUAAAAGACGUAAAGACGAACAUUCAAAAGAUAAUAGAAACGAAAAUGUUGUUGGCGAUAUUGUGGAAAGUAUUGAAUCAGAAGAGGAGAUUAUUCUGGAAAAUAAUGAACCAGAGGAGGAGGAGGAGGUGGAAAUUAUGGAAGUUAAAGAAGAACAUUAUAGAAGCCAUGGGUCCACCGAUUAG